AUGCUUAGAUUGGUGUGUCAUUCUGUCAACCAGCUACUUGUAAAUCAAAAGACUAGACAUAAGAAAAAAAGGGUAAAAAGAAUUUGCAAACUUAACAAAAUUGACCCAAAAGUCAAAAUUGCAAUUCUUCACUUUUGCUUAUACGUGUUUGCUUAUCACGAGAACGACGGAGCCUUCUGCCAACGACGCCUCCACCUCUGGCCAACGACGUCUCCGCCUUUGGCCGACGACGCAUCCGUCGCCGGUCUCCGGUCGACGACACAUACGAAGUCUCCUAAUCCGGCCUACAGCUGCUUCCGCCUCCUCCUUCUUUCACAUUGUUUUGGCCUCCGCCUUCGGCCAACGACGCCUCCGCCGCCGGUCUCCGGUCGACAACACAUACGAAGUCUCCUACAGCGGCUUCCGCCUCCUCCUUCUUUCACAUUGUUUACAGGUAUGAGGUUAUACAUCAGAAAUUUACCAUUACAUAUAGAUCAGGUACUAGUGCAAACAACCAAGAGUAGGAGGAUCUGUAUGGUAGAAAGAAAAACCAGAAAAAGAAGUGUUGGUAAACCCAAAUCAAAACAUCUUGAAGCAAGGCAUACAAUGGAUCGUCCAGAAAAGAAAAAAAGAAGUGUGACAUUGAUUAGAGACCAUUCCAAAGACUAUCUAUCAAAUUUAACAGUUGAGUUUGGUUCAGUUGGAGUGGUGAUCCAUGUGUUCCGCAACAUCCAUAGAGUGGAAUUGGCUGAUUAAUAAGGCUGGAAUGCAAAGCCAGAAUGGGCCGGAAGGAAUGGGGAUGUGAGACAUCAAGUGCGGUUGUAUAUUGGUGUAUUAGAUGUGUAUAUAAGGCGUAUUAGAUGAUACUUGAUACAUCAAGUACAGUUGUUUAUUAUUGGUGUAUUAGAUGUGUACAUAUGGUGUAUUAGAUGAUACUUGAGACAUCAAGUACGGUUGUUUAUUGGUGUACUAGAUGUGUAUA